AUGUUUAUUAUUAAUUCGACUGCAAUUACCAAUGAUCAAAAAUAUGUUAUAGGUGCAACUAAUACAGGAGUACUUUACAUUUGGGAUUUUGAAACCAUUCUCAUUGAAAAUAGCAGCCGAACAUAAGAAAAGACGUAUUAUCAUAAUAAAUAAAUAAUUAGACAAAAUACUUUAAUAUACAAAGCCUCUUAUAAAUUUCCACUAUUUAAAGACUCAAUAUAAUAAAUAAUACUUAUUCAGGAAAGUCUUUAUUGUGCAGUUGCCAAUAAGUUGUAUCAAGUUCAAAUUUAAACAUUGAUAUCUCCUAAUCAAAUUAUAGACACAGAUCUAAAUACUUCUGUUUUAAUUGUAAAUUCUUACAUAUUUAAUCUAAAGUAAUCUUUUUAAGAAGAUAUUGAAUUCAUCAAAUACAAUAGUGAUAAUCUAAUAGUUGCCGUUGGUUCUAGAUUAUAUUUUAUUGAUUUACAGCACGAAAACAAUAUUAUUGAGUAUUUAAGAUUUUAUAAAAAAAAGAGAGAUUGAUAUAACCCAAUCGAUUAAUGAUAAUAUUUAUACUUUAGUACCAAUCAAAGAAGUCAAAAUAACUUGUUUGGCUGUUAUAGGGUAGAAUUUUUUAGCAAUUGGAUCAGAUGUUGGAAUUAUAGGAAUUUGGUGUAUGAUAUAUUACUUAUUUAAUUUAAGCUACAUCAACAUAUUCAUUUCAAUCUGUGCUCAGUUUUAAAGCACCAAAUUAAGAAUUAUCAUAUGUUAACGAUGUACUUUUAUUUUUGCUUAAUUUUAUUAGAUUUUAUAUUUGGAAGAUUAACAACAAAUUAUUAGCUUGCAUAAGAAUCAUUUAGUUAUUUGGAAUUCUAUUUUAAGAAAUGAUGAUGAAAUUAGACCAAUUUCUGAUUAUUACAAAAUGUGUCUAUUCCAAAACAAUGUAAUUUUCUCAUUUUAUUUUAGAUCUAUUUAACUAAAGGAAAUAGAUAAAUUGAAUAAAUGAAUUCAAAAAUAACUCUUUAAACAUCAUCUGAUGUGAUAUUACAAUUUAGCACAAUUUGUUAUUAGAAUAGUAAUAUUCUUAUAGCAAAUGGUUCAAGUCCAUUUGUCGAUAUUUAUGUAGAUAAAAAUUAUACAUUGGCAUUAAGUUGUUUAUGACAUAUUAAAAAAUAUCAGGU